AUGAGUGAUUGGUUUAACGAUCCUUUCUUCGAUGAAACAUCAAACUCCAAUGAUAUCUUCGCCCAUGCAAACGAAAUGUUCAGAGGAAUUGACAGACAUUUCCAACAAAUGAUGAAAGAUCAAUUUGACCUCAUGGGCCCAAUGCUUGGUUACGAUAAAGACUAUGAUUCUAACCGUCCACGGAUAGGAAUGAACAAUACCAACAACAACUCUCGUAGUCGUGUUGAAGAAGUUGAUGCCAAUGCAGAAACUUCGGGUUCCAGAAGCGGCAAAUCACCAAAGGUUGAGGAGCCAGAUGAUUUCUCUCGCUCAAAUACAAGAAACCGUUCAUCCAAGGUAAAUCUUCCAAGAGAACAGAAUCAUGAAUCAUUCUUCUCUGGAUUCGGCGAUGAUGACUUUUCUAAUGGCAAGUCAUACUGCUACUGCUCAUCUCAAGUUAGCUAUAUGAAUGGUGAUGGCACAGUAAACAUGAAGAGGAAGGAUACUGACUCUACAGGUAAGACACAUAUGGCUGAGAUGCGCCGUAUGGGUGAUAAGACCGUAGUUUAUGAUAGAAAGGUUGACUCCGAUGGUAAGACUACUGAUUCAAGAAAAGUCCAUGGAAUGAAUGAUGACGAAGUAGAUAGCUUUAACCAGAAGUGGGAUUCAAAGGUAAAGGAUGAUCCAUUCCUUAGCCACAUGAGUAGAAGAGGUGCAAAUGGAAUCGGAUACUCGUCUAGCAAGAGAGAUUCCAAUGCUCUUGGCUACGAUACAAAGAAAUCAUCUAGCCGAGAAAAUAGUUCUCAUAGCUCUUCUCGUCAUUCAAAACAUUGA